AUGUUGAAUCAGGAGCAGAGAUGCCGAAACCGUGAGCAGUUGAAUUGCUUGCCGUUGUCCGUCACGAUGGCGUUUGUGUUCGAUCUUAGCUGCCGUUAUUGUUGUGAGGGCUUCGGCCUCAGUCUAUUUGGUAAAGUAAUCGAUGGGCACGACUGCGAAUUUAAGCUGACCCGUGCCUUGCGUCAUUGGGCCGAUGAGGUCGAGUCCCCAUUGGGCGAAUGGCCACGGGCUAGUCAUCGGACUGAGUGGUUCGGCAAGGGCCGUUGGUACGGAUCCGAAACGUUGACACGGAUCGCACCUUUGCACAAUCUAGGUGGCGUCAGCGUGGAAAGUUGGCUAAUAAUAGCCUUGCUGAACGGCCUUGAAGGCCAAGGAUCGGGAUCCCAAGUGGUCUCCACACGCGCCUUCGUGUAUCUCACGCAAGAUGUAGUCUCCUUGUUACGGUGUAACACACCUCAGCAACGGAAGGGAGUAGCUUCGCCGAUAGAGGAUGCCUUGCAACAGAAGGUAGCGAGCCGAUCAUCGUCGUACUGCCUUUGCUUCGGCUUUGUCAGUUGGUAG